AUGGUGGACAACAUUGGUUCUCAGGCUAAAGCAGUGGAACAGCCUGUCUUCAGGGGAAUUCGUGACAUUUAUCAGCAAGUCUUGGUGCUUCAAGACAAGACCAUUAUAGCAGUUCCUGAGGAUGGAAAUGUGAUCCCAAUCUCACUGAUGAACAUACCAUGCCGAGAUGAGUCUCUUGAAAAAGACAAAGGCAAUCCUAUUUACCUGGGAAUAGCAGAGACUCAACUGUGCCUGUGCUGUGAAAAUAGCAGAGGCCAACCCAUACUGAAGCUGGAGGAGAGGGACAUAAUGGAAUUAUAUCGCACCCAGAAAGCAGAGAAGUCUUUUGUAUUUUACCGAAAUGAAACUGGCAACAUUUCUACCUUUGAGUCAGCUGCCUAUCCUGGCUGGUUCAUCUGUAGUGCAGUGGAGAAGGGGAAACCUAUCACAAUUACCAAGGAUGUGGGGAGAGAUAAUACAGCUUUCUAUUUUGACCUCAGGGAUUGA